UUAAAACUUAUAGCAAAAUCUCCAAUUACAUAUAAUCUCUGAAUGUUUAAGAAACUAAUUUAAAAGUAAUUAACAUAAUAUCGCUGAUUGUGGAGCUUUGAUGGCAAGGGUUCGAAAGCUGACGAUAAGCCAGAGCGAGAGGUACCUUGGGAGCAGCUACGGUUUCGGUGGCAGUAACGGAAACUCCGUCACCGACGAAUCAGAGCUCACCGAAGAGGACGUCUGGUCACACGCCGUUGAUCACAGCCCCGAGGAUACGCCCGAAUCGUUUGGCGCGUGGAGUUCACGCGAUGCGGUGAUGAGGAACGGGCGCGUGUGUGGUGGACUGUCGCUGGCGUUCGAGGACAUGUCAUCGUCGCCGACGAUCUUGCAUCAGAUACGCGGCGGAGGAGAAGUUGGCGGUGGAGAAGUAGGAGGAGGAGGAGGAGGACAAGCACAGCGGCAGCUAGCGUCGUCGGCUCCGGUGAACGUGCCGGACUGGAGUAAAAUAUACCGAGUCAACUCGGUUGAGUCGAUACACGAAUCGGAGGAAGAGGAGGAUGAAGAAUCCGGGAUGAUGCCGCCGCACGAGUACCUAGCUAAGAGUCAAAAGCGGCGGAGCAGGAAAUCUGGCGGCGGCGCGUCGGUGUUCGAAGGAGUUGGAAAGACUCUUAAAGGACGAGAACUGAGGCGCGUUCGAGACGCGAUUUGGAGCCAAACAGGGUUCUACGGCUAAUUAAGUAGCAAUAUAUAAUUAAAAACAUUUAAAAUUUUCAGCUGAAAAGGUUUGAAAAAGUUGCUUAUUAUUGUGUAGAAUUAGUUUUGAAACUUUCUUGAAUCCCAAGCGUGAGAUGUAUAAGACUUAUUUGGCUUCCCAUGCAUAAUGUUUUUCUACCUAUUUUUCUUAA